UCACAACCACAGGACAGUGAUGCAGCCCAUCCUUCCUCUUCCACCCUCCUCUCCUCCUCUCUGUUACAUAGUCAUGCCUGCCUCUUUCUCGCUUCCCUUAUUUCUUGAAACAUAGCCCACUGUUCCAUCUGUUCCGUGUGUGUUCCUCUUCUUCACCGGUCCUUAUCUCGAGUAAAUCCUGGUGCUCAUUGGUUGUCCUGUCCCUGUCCACUCCACUGUAGCGCGAAGGAGAUGUAGGAGCACUCUUCUCUUGAUCCCAGGCGAUGCAGGAGUGAACUGUUUCAGAUAAGGAUAGAAAGUCUGGAUUUUUUAGUUUGAUCUUGUCGCCCCGUUUCAUCUUCCUCAUGGCGGGUGAGAGAUCAUGGGAGGAGUCUUAUCCCGUUACCUACUUCCGGGGCGAGGUUGGGGGGCUCAAGCCACUCCCCGAAGACAGUGACAACCGAGACGAAGACGCAUUGAUUUCAUUGGACGCCAUCCUGCCUGAUGACCUCUUGGAGAAGGUUUUGUCCUUCUUGCCCAUUGCGAGCAUCAUCCGAUCGAGCUCAGUCUGCAGGCGGUGGUACGACGCCGUGCGUUCCGGGAGGUACUCAUGGACCAAGAUGUCGCCACAGAAGCCAUGGUACUUCAUGUUCACCUGCAGCGACGACGCCGUCUCGGGCUACGCCUACGACCCGAGCCUCCGGAAGUGGUACAGCUUCGACCUCCCUUGCAUUGAGAAGAGCAACUGGUCGGCCUCCUCUUCCUGUGGGCUGGUCUGCUUCAUGGACGGGGACAACCGGAGCCGCAUCUUCGUCUGCAACCCCAUCACGAGGGACUGGAAGCGGCUGCACGACGCCCCCGGCGAGAGAGCCCCUGACUACAGCGCGCUCGCCAUGUCGGUGGACCGGAGAACUCACGGCUACACCGUCGCCGUCGCCAAGUGCAAGCAGGUGCCCCAGGAUUACUACCAGUGGGACUUCUCCGUCCACAUCUACGAGUCGGAGGCCAGAUCGUGGGUGACCCCCUUCACCGAGGUCUUGGUGGGGUGGAGGGGAGGAGACGAGUGCGUGAUCUGCAAUGGAGUCCUCUACUGCUUGGUCUACUCCACCGCCGUGCUCAGGAACGUUGAGCCGCGCCACUGCUUGGUGAUGUACGACCUCUCGGCCCGACCUUCCCGCACAUCCCUGAUGCAAAUGGCCAUCUCCGUGCCAUGCUCGCUGACCUGCGGCAGGCUGAUGAACCUCCGAGACAGGCUGGUCAUGGUCGGCGGGAUCGGGAAGCACGACCGGCCGGGCAUCAUCAAGGGGAUCGGCAUCUGGGAGCUGCACAGGAGGAAGGAGUGGCGAGAGGUGGCUCGAAUGCCGCACAAGUUCUUCCAGGGCUUCGGUGAGUUCGACGACGUUUUCGCCAGCAGCGGCGCCGACGACCUCAUCUACAUCCAGAGCUUUGGCUCCCCAGCUCUGCUGACGUUCGACAUGGCCCAGAAGCUGUGGAAGUGGUCGACGAAAAGCCCCGUCACGAAGAGGUUCCCCCUGCAGCUCUUCACCGGGUUCUGCUUCGAGCCCAGGCUCGAGGUGGCUUCCUGAUGUCUUUCGCUCAUUGCUUUGCCCUUUGGUAUAGUUUUUGUUUCUCUUGGAAGGCAAGAAAGAUCUCAUUGGGGGCCUGAAAGAUUCAUAUGAAAUGUUUUGUUUGAUGGAAAAGAUUGCUCGUGGAAAUGAUCGAUCAUGUCGUCUACUUGAUUUUGCUCACA